AAAAAGAGUAAAGAGAAAGCAAAAUUUUAUCAAACGCUGCAAUCAAUCAAAGAGCAGAGACAGACAGGGAUUAGAUCUGUCCCCUUUGUGCUUUUCUCUACGCCUUCGGCAUUGGAAUGCGCUCUCGCCAUUACUUCAACCUCCUUUUAAGCUCCAUCGUGACUCGGCUUCGGCAGAUCUCGGAGUUCUGGAGCGUAGAUUGCGUUGCUGGGAAAUGUAGACUGGAAGUGGAAGCUGCUUGUUGAUGAUAUCUGAAGAACACCACGCGUUCAUGGAAGAGAUAAAUAGGAUCAAUUGUUGCUAAAAAAAAUUACGGAGCUUCACUGCGCAGUGCGUCACACGCCUGAUUGCUAUGGCGUUAGAGCAGAAUAGAUUCCUGCAGCCUCAGCUACGGCCAGCUCCACGGCGGAAGAGAUGGGGAGGAUGUUGGGGCGGAAUGUCUUUCUUCUCCAAACAAAAGCGCGGAAAGCGUAUAGUUCCUUCAUCUCGAAUGCCGGAAGCUAAUCCUCUACUGAAUCAACACAAUGGACCUCAACCAGUAGGGCUACCAAACCAGAUGAUCGGAAUUGCAGCAUCUAUUUUCGCUCCUCCAUCUUCUCCAGCUUCGUUCUCAAACUCCGGCAUCCCAUCAACUGCUCAGUCACCAAACUGUUUCGUAUCUGCCAAUUCACCCGAAGCUCCUUCAUCUACAAUGUACAUGACGGGGCCUUAUGCUCACGAGACUCAACCGGUAACCCCUCCCGUAUUCUCAACCUUCACUACCGAGCCAUCUACAGCUCCUGUAACGCCCCCACCGGAGCUGGCGCACUUAACAACUCCAUCAUCCCCGGACGUGCCAUAUGCUCUUUUCUUAACAUCAUCUCUGGGAAUGAAAAGCACUGAAAAGGGUAAUAACUAUGCUGCUUCCGAUCUUCAAGCUGCAUAUCCACUCUCUCCCGGAAGCCCUGCAGGCGGCGCACUCAGAUCACCGGUGGUUUCAGGUGCAUCUGGCGACUGUUCAUCGACGCCAUUUAAUGAGAGAUCUCGUCAAGACACUAACUUCUUUUGCCCGGAGACAUUCGCCCAAUUCUACGAGCAGUCGUCAUUUACUAAUGCUGGUGGUAGGCUGAGUAUUUCGAAAGAUUCGGAUGCUUACUCGAAUGCUGGGAAUGGUUAUCAGAAUCGGCAGAACAAGGUUUGCAGGCCGGAUGCUGAGGAACUGGAUGCUUAUAGAGCAUCUUUCGGAUUCAGCGCUGAUGAGAUCAUCACUACGCCGAAUUAUGUCGAGAUUUCGGAUGUUCUAGAGGAGGGCUCCUUUAGCAUGCCACCACCUGUUCUUUGUGAUAAAGCUGUCCGAGAGGAUUGUAUGUUGGCGGGAGAUAGAGGGAAUUCAGGGACAGAAAAAGGACAGGAAGGUUCUUCUACUUCGCCCAUUGCCAAACACUCAUAUGCUAAUCUUGAAGGCCAAGGGCCACAGAAACAAUCCGGUCGAAGCUUGGUUAAUGACCAGAUUCAGAGUGAGGGGGACGAUGACAUACUCUCUAAGAUGGGUACAAAUGGCAGGAAACACGAGGUUGGAGCAUCGAGUUCAGAUGCAGAAAUCGAGUACAGGAGAGGGCGAAGCUUGAGAGAAAGACACAGCUGGAGAGGAGAGGAGAGGAGAAAACCAAGCAAGUAAGGGCUUAAUAAUUUACAAGUUGUCGACACUAAUAAUGGUUUUGUUUUGGUUUGGUUUGGUUUGCUGCCUUAUUAUUGCAUUCACUUGAUCGAUCCACUAGACCUCUCGUCCGACUCAAUGAUCGGACGGAUGAUCUGUUCUCUUUGUGUGUUUGGUUGUAUGAUUGAGUUAGUUAGUGGUUGGAUUUUAUGUUGAAUCAGCAGCAGCAGCAGAUAAGAAUUAGAAUAGAAUUCUGUGUGAUUAGAUGUUGAUGUUGAUGAUGAUGAUCCAGUAAGUCAAGUUUAAGUU